UUCACACACAGUCGACUGUCCCACACGCAUCUCCAACAAUAACACCCACCCAACAACUCACAAGCAAAUAUGACUGGACGAGGAAAAGGAGGCAAGGGACUCGGCAAGGGUGGCGCUAAGCGUCACCGCAAGAUCUUGCGAGACAACAUCCAGGGUAUCACCAAGCCCGCCAUUCGUCGUCUUGCUCGUCGUGGAGGUGUCAAGCGUAUCUCCGGGCUCAUCUAUGACGAGACUCGUGGAGUCCUCAAGCUCUUCCUCGAGUCGGUCAUCCGCGACUCUGUCACCUACACUGAGCACGCUAAGCGCAAGACGGUCACGUCCCUCGACGUUGUCUACGCUCUCAAGCGUCAGGGUCGCACCCUCUAUGGUUUCGGCGCCUAAUGGCGUGCGUGGCUCCAAGUCGCAAGGUGGAAGGGCAAAGUCACCCUCUCAUCGCGCGCAAGCCCGUCUUCGAGACCAAGACCUUUUACCGCUUCCCGUUUUCUCAGAUCCGCCACCAGAUAGCUCGACUCUCUUGUAUCAUCACUCUCGAUGAGGUUCAAUGGCGCAGACAUGCGAGAGAAGCCAUUGCCAAUUCCUUGGCAUCACCCUCGAGCGUUGUUGUCCUCUAGUCCGUCUCCUCUCUGCUCAUGAAAUCGAUUCGAUCAUCCAU